UUGAAAUGUUUUGGGUGCAAGCUGUAGAAAAGUUGCGAAAUCAUGUUCCAGAUGUGCGGGAGGCGUGUUAUGGCAGAUGUUUCGCGUCUUACAAUUCAACAAUGUAAACUUAUUUGGGUAAACAAAAACUGUGACAUUGUGUUAAACGUAUAUUCUUCACGUUUCGGUCAAAAAAAAAAUGUUUUGGGGAUUCAUUCCGCGUUAUCCAGCUGCAAGGUUCACGGCUCACAACAUCUGCAUUUAACAUUUUUCAUCCUUGUCGCAGUGCCUUGUCUUAAGUUUGUCCUGAAGAAAAUUGCUGGAAUUUGGAUCCUCCUGGACAUUUUUCUGGUGCAGCUACUUCAGUUGCUGAAGAUACUCUGGAGAGGAAAUGCAGAGGGCCUGAGUCUAUCCUCCGUCCUGCUGCAGCUUUAUGCCUUCUCAUGUCCUGUUGUGUAUGCAGUGACCAACAGCUUCCCACUCUUUGCCUGGAGUGAGAGGCUACUCACGUUGGCCCAGACAGUAGUGAUCACCUUCCUCAUCCUGCAUUAUCGUGGUGAUACCCUCACAGGAGCGCUGUUUCUUUUGGCUUACAGUGGUUUAAUGUUCCUCCUGGGCUCCCAUGCAGCCACUGCAGUCGUCUCAGUGAUGCAGUCUUCCAGUCUGCCAGCUUUAAUUGCAAGCAAGGUUCUCCAGAUCAGAGCAAACUACUCUAAUGGUCACACAGGCCAACUGUCCUCUCUGUCUGUAUUCUUAUCGUGCGCAGGGUCUUUGGGUCUCGCCUUUGUGUCUGUGCAGGAGGAAGGAGGCUCUCUCGCUACUCUGUCUCACAUUCUGUCCGCCUGUCUCAGCUGUGUCCUCCUGGCCCAGGUCCUCUGCUACAAGAGCAGUAAUAAAAAGAAGAGUGAUUAGAGGUGGCUAUUACUGGCAACGCAUCAAUCCACAAUGUGAAAGCUUCACAUCAUAUGCAAGUCCUUUUUGUUGGCCAAACCAUGUUAUGUGAUGCUCAGCUAGAUGUUGUUUCAAUAACUCCAAAAAGUAGCAAAUGUUUACAGUGUCUUUUUUUAAAAUGCCUAAAAUAGGUCAUGUACUGUGUAACUGUGUAAAUGAGAACUCAGUGUUGUGCUGUUGAAUAGUUUUGUGUUUUUUUACAUUUCUUUUGUGAAGUCUCCCAAAUAUAGUAAGGGGGAAUAAAAUGUUUUGUUGCCCUCUAGUGCCUGAAAUGAGAAUUACUUACAAACAUUUUUACAAGUUUCAGUAGUCUGUGUGAUUUGUAAUGCAGGAGUACCUCGUAUACAAGCCUCAAAAACGGGGAAGAUGUACAGUCACAUACAAGCUCCCAAAAUUUCAUCAGAUCAGGUUGAUAUCAUUCAUUAGUUCCUCUUCAGUGGUUGAAGAAAAAUCCUGUUUGUGAUUAAUUCAUGUCUGAUUUGCUGGUAGCACUUCAGCCUGGGAAAAGUUUCAUGUCAACCCCCUCAUGGUUAUUGUAGGUGGGUAAUUAGAUUUUUUUUGUGGUAAGCUCUGCUUUUUGCAGUUGGCAUCACAUUAUAUGAGGCCCCCCUCGUCAGAGCGUCCACUCCCCCUGCACAGUUUGUCACAUACAGCUCUGAUGCAUGUUCAUCGCAACAUUUUGGUCAGACGAAAGACUUAACCACAAUUGAGUUAUUGCACGAUGUUAGGCCGGUGAGACCAGAAUGGCCUGUUUUGGUGUCACGGGUGCGCACUUCCGUUAUAUCAGUUCAAAGAAAGGCUUGUCGAAUCUCAGGAAUGUGACCUAGAAAUGCGUUGUUUGACAUAGCAACAGAACGUCCUGUUGCCACUGGCCAUAGAAAUUAUUAACCCAUAUCUGAGUUUAUUUCUCUAUUAUCCUUAUGUAGCAUGACUCAUUCUAACCAGAAUAUUUUGCUUUGAUGUGUUAUUUAUCCUCUAUUAACCAUAUUUCUUCUAAACAUAUGUAUUCAUAUGUGUUGCUGUUGUUGGUACACAAUGCAAUGCAUCUGUGUAGUUGUCAAGAGACAUUAAUGACGAAAGUUAUAAUGAAAGUUAUUGUGUUGAGGAGUAAAAGCUUUUGACUGAUUAUUUAAUAACUUAAUUGAGCACUCAUAUUGUCAAAUAAUGUUAACAUUCAGUCGUGUAGAAUGUGCCUAAAAUAAUAGUAAUAAUAAUGUCAGAGGGUGCUUUAAAAACAAACAAAAAGCUCAAAUUCACCAAUGUUUUCACUGCUGCAUUUUGAAAUAGCUGAAAAUCUAAAUGUUAAGUACACCAACUUCAAGUGGUUUUUCAUUCCAUUUUUAAAGCAGCCACUUUUCUUUAUUUGAACCAUUGUUUACAGAGAGUAAAUCCCAGCAACGCCCUGUUUCUUAUUAGCACAAAGAAACAUUUGCACGUGGGAGCUGCCCAGAACUGGCAUUGGUUUGUGAUCACUGAAGCUUGAGGGCAGUUCAGUGGAAGGUAUUUAAGAAUGAAUAUCGGUCAAUAAUUUCCCCCAUUUUUCCUGCCAGCCUGAAGGGUUGAAUGUUGCCAUGAACCUUAAACACAGUAUUCAUUUAGGGUAAUUAAGGGAGAGUCCUCUUGUAGCUCCAGUCAAUUAUGUUAAAAGCAACAACUGAAAAAAACAACCUAAAUAUAAGAUUCGAAAUAUUUUUGAACCUGUUGAUAUGUUUACAUUUCUUGUCAAAUAUGUUGGGUGUAAGAAGCUUUGUAAUGAAUGAGGCCUCUGAGCUUCUGGUAUUUCCAGCACCAUAAACAAAGUGUCCAGUGUUGCUCGGUGAAGUGCACACACACCAAUAACACAUUAACCUCAAUUUACUGUGACUUGUUUUUAGUGAACAUUCCUGUCUCCAAUUCAUAAAA